ACAUUGAUGAAUAUUUUUAUCAGCUGCUAGCUGCAUGUCAUUAAGUUUGCCAUGUAUAAUUAGCUGUGGUAGUGAAGAUAUUUUCUUAAUUAGCUUCGAGAUAUGGCUAUGACAAGUCACGAGUCUCUGAGUUUAUCUCACAGUAACAAUGGAAGCCAACAUGAUCUAGAGGCAAGUGUAGAUGAUAACUCAAUGCAAUCAAAUAAAUUCUGGUCCCGUUAUUUCACAAUCUUCAAUACAUCAAAAUCUGCUGUUUCACCAAUCCAACAACAAUUCUUACAUCCUCUUCCAAUUGAUGCGAUUGACAUCAAACAAGAGAAGGACUCGACGGACUCAGCAGUGAUGUUGCCACAAAUAUUGGAUCAUAUAUCAUGUUUUGUACAUCUAUCAGUUUUUGGGAUUCUUGGGGUUUUAUCAAGAUACUUGCUACGCAAACUUUUUGGGCCUAGCCUUACUGGUGUAACAAGUGAUAGCUAUCCUUUAUAUCUUGACCUUCCUUGCAAUAUGGUUGGACCUUUCUUGAUGGGAUGGUUGGGUGUGGUAUUCAGAAGAGAGAUUGGGAAUGUGUCUGAUGAUUUGGGCGUGGGAUUAACAAUUGGAUACCUGGGAAGUCUCUCAUCUUUCAGUGGUUGGAAUCAGAAAAUGCUUAUUCUCAUUGUUAAUGAUCAUUUGGUGUUUGCCGCAGUUGGCUAUCUCAUAGGUUUCUUUCUAUCGGCAUAUUCUAUAAAAUUUGGGAUUGGGACUGCUAAAUGUUUCAAGUCACUUCUCAAACUAUCAAAUGAAACUGAAACUGAAACCAACAACAAGAGCAGAGUGGUCAGCUCCAAGCGUCAAUUGGCAGCUAUGGUUCUAUUUCUAGCCAUUUUAUGGUGUGCAAGUGGAAUUAUGCUCAACAAGGGGUUAAGCAGCGGCAGCAGUGAGUCCCAAUUAUGGGUGGCUUGCUUGGUUGCAGCUCCAGGUGUGUGGAUCAGGUGGGCCUUGGCUCGAUUUAACGGACGGGGUUUCGGAAAAACAAAGUCUCUCAAUUGGCUCCCUUAUGGUACUCUAAUUGCCAAUCUUUCUUCUGUUUGUGUCAUGGCAGCGCUUGCCGUCUUAAAAAAACAGGUACAAGGGAAGACAUGCGAUGACAUAAUAACAGGCAUUCAAUUGGGAUUUUUAGGAUGUCUGAGUAGUGUUUCGGCAUUAAUCGCAGAGUACAAUGAAAUGGAAGAAAGUAAUAAAAUUUGGAGAGCUUAUGCUUAUGCUCUAACUACACUGCUCCUCUCUUUUGCCUUGGGAAUUCUCAUAUACUGCAUUCCCAUUUGGACAAUGUAGUCUAGUUUGCAAUUAUCAUUUUUGGUCUAAAUUUAGACAAUUUGUUUUUGGAAUAAUAUUUAUAUAAUCUACUUUAUUAUUUUAUUUGAA